UUGACUGCACUGAAUCUACGAUCUACUACGACUACGUCCCUGGUAAAUGUAGGUCGCGAUCUAAAAGAGAACUGUAGACGUGUCUUUUCUCUGCUAGUUUUUGUUUUAUUCAUGAGCAAAGAUCAUUGCUUCGGCUAGGAGAUUCCCCAAAUCUCACUAUCAUUAUUACAUAGGUUGAGAAUGAAGUUCAACGAGUACAUCGUACUUUUGAGCGCCAGUAUGUGGGCGGGAGCGUUUCUUCAGCUUGUCGAAGCGGGGAAGCAGUCGGCGGGGAAAUCAGGGGGAGACGGUGGCUCGAGGGAUGAUUCAGAUGACCCUGAUCUAGCCAAGUAUCGUGAGCUGUUCAUCGAGCGACGAAGCCAGCACAUGCCUGCCCUCCAGAGUCUCUUUGAAUCGUAUGAUUUUGAGAAGCAACAUAAGAUGGUCUCUUUACUUCUAGAGAAGAUGGAACAGAUGCUGGUUCAAUCAAGACUAUUUUUGAACGAACAACAAUUUCUGGUAGGAGAUAAAUUUCCUACAGAUCAGACAGUGAAAGAUACAUUGUCGCUGAUUUUGGAGAACGUAGCUUUUGUUUGCGACAUUGUCCUCAGGUUACCGGACAUCACACACAAGAUACUCAAGAAGAAGAAAGAAUGGAGCUCUAUUCUCAAGUGGGCUUUCGAGUUUGCGCUGAGCACCGGUUACUAUGACAACUCGCACCAGACUCUGCUUCACCUGUCAUCACAAGAACUUAAUUUUGUUAAGAGGGACGAGAACUAUGUGAACCCAUACAGCAGAUUAAACAAUGAGGACAUGUUUGAUAUGCCUCCAACGCCCAAGAAGAAGGAAAAGAAGCAGAAAAAGAGAGGACCGAGGAUCAGUAAGAAGGAAUUGUAAACAUCAAGUUUGUCAGCUUAUCCACAAGAUCUAAAGGUCACACACAGUUCAUCAAUUGAAUUUAAUUGAUUUUAAUGGUUUAUUGGGAAUACUGAAAAUGGCAAUUUACAAUAAAAGCCCAUGAAAUACAAAGCGAUGUUAGAACAAUUAUUACAUAACGCUUGCGAGCAUACCUUGGACGGUAUCCUUGAUACCGUAAAUACAUUGAAUUAGGAGUUUCCAUAUUUUGAAGGUUUUAUAUUUUUUAAUGUGCUUGAUUAUAAUGAAUUUUGAAUUAUGGGUUGAAUGAAUCUAUUGACUAAUGGUCUUUCAGAUCAGUUCAUCAAGCCAUCUAAUAGAUAAAACUUGAGUUUAUCUGUAGAUUAAUAAAUCACCCACUAUAGGUAAUUGGUGUAUGUUAAGAAGAACAAACCUACUGAGUUUAACAAAGCUUUGCAACAUGGUUGUAGAGAUAUUUCUAUAUUGGGAUUUAAAAAUGUAAAAUAAAACUCGAGAAAGAAUAAAGAUGAUAUUGAACCAAAUGCAUUCCUUAUGAACUUAUAACAAACCAAUGAUUGUAAUUGCACAUAUGGGAAUUUCGUAUCAGAAGUUAUAACCCUUAUGAGCUUACAGUGAGGAACAAUAAUACCUGCCUAGAAUGCCAUGCUGUUUCACAUUCCCAGCUGUCUAGGGAGAAACAGAUAGAUUUAAUAUUGCAAUGGAUAUUGCACCAAUGCUGAGAUCAUCAUUCACUUUUAAUUUCAAAAUCGAAAGUGCCUAAACAUGUAUUUUGAUCACUGUCAUGAGUUUUGUUGUGCUUUGUCUGAUGUAAAUUACACAAAGUAUAGUUACAAAUUAUAUACUGUUCAAAGAAGUGGGUGUACUAAUGAUAUUUCAAAAUAAAAAGUCACAACAAGGUCUCAGUUAUAUGAAAACAAUGAAUUCAAAUAGUUUGCAUGUUUAAUACCAUGAGAUAAAUCUUAUUUGAUUUAUCUGUUUUUUGCAAAUCUGGAUCACCUGCAAGAUUCACAAAGUUCUUUGGCAUUUGAAAGUGUUAAUCUUUCUACAAAAACUAAACGAUAAAUCCAUGUACUCCUACGUUUUAUAUGAGAAGUUGAUGAAAAAUAUAAAAAUACUAUGUAUGCUUACAGUGACCAUCUAGCUCAUAUAGAGUACAUUUACAUUAGUGUUUAGAGCCAGGAGGGCAUUAAAUCUGUUUUAAAGUAUAUAACUUAACUCCCUCCCUUCUCCAAACAGAUAAAUAUUUAAUUGUUAUUUGCCCAUUCGUCAUAGAUAUGUACUGUAUGAUCAACAAGGACGAUUACUUAAAACAAUGCAGACUGUUGGCUAAGACUAAUCAGAGCGUGUUUUAUAAUGUAUCUGGGCUCUGUUUCAUAAAAAUGUUGCCAAUAACAAGUUACAAUAACUGUUAUAAACUACUGAAAAUCAUGGCAUCUGAUUAGCCGAGGGCAAAUUUGCCAUAGAAAUUUAGCAUUUGUUAUUGAUAACAAGUUUUAUGAAACUGGGCCCUGGACUUGAGCAAUGUUUGGCUGUAGGGAGUAAGUAAAUCAUGUGAAGUGCCUUAAUAUCUUUUUGUACUCUACACUUGAAUAAAACAUGGUAAAACAUAUGCAUGUUACAUUUGUAGCUCAUGAAAUUUGCAGAACUUUUAUAAAAGAAUUUUCUAUUAUUCCAUUAACAACUUUUGUCUUUUAUGUUGUGUGUAGUAUGUUUCUUAGUAAUGCCUAUUUGAUGCAAUCAGUGAAGGAUGCUAUUGUUACCUGUAUUCAAAUGCAUGAUUUGUUUUAGGAAAUCUGGAGGGCACGUUAAAUUCAUGAUCCCCCCUCUACUGAGUAAAAAAGUAACCCCCCCCCCCCCCCCUCGAUUAUGACCUUUAAAUGCACCAUCAUUAUAAAGGUUUCCAAACUACAGGGUUUUUUUGGUGAAAUUUUGUGAUAACACAACAACUACAAAAGUAUUCGAUAUACAUGUAUAUGAUUUUAAAAAUGUAAAAUUUAUCAUAAUGCUGGUACAUUUUUCAUGGUUACACAAUAUGCAUAUAAAGAAGAAGAGGAUCUUGAAAUGCCUUUUAGCAAAACCAUAAUGCUGUAUUAUAUACUGCUUUUUGUGGGAAAUUUUGUUUUUAUUACUUUUUGGCGAGAAUUCUUCAAGUUUAAAUCAAACAUCUAUUUGAGCCGGGGGGGGGGGGGGGGGGGGGGGGGGUCUAGUUGGUUAGCUGUGAUGUAUCUUUUUUUUGUCAGUAUUUUACGUUUUAUAGUUCCAUUUUUUUUUCUUUUACAAGCCAUUGUGGAGAAUAUUGAGUUAGUUUUAUUUAGGGCUUUUACAGUUUUUAGCAGAAUUUAAAAAAAAAAAGAUAUCAAACUUUGAAUGUGUGCCUUCAUCUUCAUAUGUGUACAUUCCUUCCAAUCAGUACUACUAUAUUACCUAGUAAAACUUACAAAGUUUGACGGUUAAAGAAUACUGUCUUUUCAGUUUUGAUUUCAUUUUUGUUUUCACUCUGUUAAAAGUUUGAUAGAUAGAUGAAGAAUUCCAUGUUUGUAAGAUUUUGAUAUAUUUGUCUAUAUUUGUACCAUUUUGUGAAUGGAAUUGUAAAUGAAUUGAAAAGAGAGAUCAUACUCUGGUUUGCUCCCAGUUGAGGGGUUGAGAGCACUCACUGCCUUGACGGAUUUGGAAAAUGAUUUUAGAGAAUCAUUUGGUGUAAAGUUGAUUCAAGAUCAAUCCAGACAUAUUUACGAUGCUCAUCAAAUGGUUUCUCUAGUGGAAAUAUAAUCAGCAAUGAAAUUUUUCUCUGAGAUUUAUCUAGAUAUUUAUGCAUUUCACUGAUUCAGGCUAAGAAAUUUGGCCCAUAUUCACACUUGUAAGUAAUCCCAGUUACAGUCGAAGUUUCUGGAGCGCCAGCUGUCCAUCUGUUCAGUUGGUACAAAAUAUCUGGAAUUGAAUUAUGAAUAAAAGAAUAAAUUGACUGAAGUCGGUAAAUUGAAAUGAUUAA